AUGUCCGUGCCGAUGACUGGAAUUCUCGCACCUGCACGAGAUCGAGCUGUCCUGCAGCAAGAAAUUUUCGGACCGUUGCUGCCCAUCUUGCCUGUCCGGGAUGUACAGGAGGCUAUUUGCAUCAUCAAUGCCGUCGCUACCAAGCCCUUGAUUGCAUAUUGCUAUACCCAGGAAGGACAGGUUGAGGCAGAAUUUGUCAACAACGUGCCCGCUGGCAACAUUGCCGUAAAUGGAGGGCCUAUGCGCAUGAUCUCCAAUUACGCUGCCAACUUUGGUGGAACAGGGCCAAGUGGCAUGGGUGCCGGCUUCUGGGGGAGGGACGGUCUGAAGGAGUUUUCCAAUCGGAAGCACGUCAUGUGUGGCCGCAACGGGUUCGCAAGGUCGUUCUUUUCCGGUCCGCCACCCCCAGCGUAG